AUGUCAGUGGCAGAAGGGAGUGCGACCGGUGAAAGAAAGGGCAACGAGGAUAGCACGGACAGCGACAAUGAAACCGAAAGGAGAGCUUUACUUCGCAGGAUAUCUACCAGCAAGUGUGUUGGUAGACUGCCGGUGGUCAAAGAGGGUUAUUUGAUGAAGCAAACCCGCAGCUUCCAGAGAUGGCAGCGGCGGUACUUCAAGUUGCGCGGGCGCACGCUUUACUAUGCCAAGAAAAAAGAUGUGAGUACUUUUGAAAUGAUA